AUGAAUUCAUGGGUUUCGAGGAAUUCACAACAAAUUCUUGAAAGAAAUCCUUCAAAAGCUAAAUUUGAUGUGCACCGGGCGACUUUCAUGUACCUCUUCUCCGAGAUGGUCAAAUAUGCUAUGCAAACAUCAAAAAACCUUGAUGAUGCGCAGGCAAAACUCGCUUCCUUUGGAGCACCAAUUGGCAGGCAGAUGCUAGAUCUCGUCUUUCUACGUGAACGAAUGCAAAAAAGGGAAAUCCGUCUCUUAAGCUUUCUGAUCUUCCUUAAAGGUGUCUUCUGGCGGUGUAUUUUUGGGAAGGAGGCUGAUGACCUAGAACGUGAUGGUUUGGAUGAACAUACAUAUUAUAUGAUUGAGCGUGAGCCCAUGGUUAACAAAUUUACACGUUUUACUUAUGAGCCCUCGGAAUCUGAACGAAAAAAUGUUCCCCUAAAUCUCGCUGCAUUUAACUGCGGUAUCAUCGAGUCGGCACUGACUUGCGCUGGAUUCUUACAUGCGUUAUUGAAGCUUUGA